AUGGUCAUACAGCAAACCGACGGUACCUCUACGAUCCAGUCCUUCAUGGCGCAAUGUGUACAUCAAAAGAUUCACUAUAACAAGCAGACGCUACCACGGCGAAUUGAAGAGGCGCUUGAAGAGUUAGCUAAGGCUUGUCGCUACAAAGCUGGAGCAGAAGGCGCCAUUACCCCAAGUGGAGAUGAAGGUAUUUUUCAAUUAUACCAACAUUUCAAUAUGUUUCUAGAGAUUGUGGUCGACGAGCACCAUCAACACGGGCCUGAAGUCAGUGAGGUGGACAUCGGCAUGCCUUUGGCAGUACAGUGGAAGCUUAUCCCAGAAUCU